AUGUCCCCUCUCGCCCGCCUCACCCAUCUAUCCAAACAAAUCACCCCCAAAAUGAAGCUCCUCUACCCAACCUCCCUCCACCUCAACACUCAAUCCCUCGAAGGCUUCUCCGUCUCCCUGCACCCCUACGACGUCACCGCGCCGAUCCCCGAAUCCCUCAUCGACGCCGACUUCCUCGUAACCUGGUCCAACAAAGCCAGCAAUCUCCAAGAUGCAGCCAAGCGCAUGAAGAACCUCCGCUGGAUCCAAUCCCUAGCCGCAGGCCCCAAUGACGUCCUAGCCGCCGGCUUCGACGCCUCCCGCAUCGCAAUCACCACCGGCUCCGGCCUGCACGACGAAACAGUCGCAGAACACACUCUCGGCCUCCUGCUCAACGCAGCCCGCCGCUUCUACGAAAUGCGCGACUUCCAAAACCGCGGUGUCUGGCCCGCUCACCUGGGCGGUCCCCAGGGCGAUCGCGAACCAGGAACCUUCAAGACCCUCAAGAGUGCCAACAUCACUAUCUGGGGCUUUGGCAAUAUCGCCAAGAAGCUCGCUCCUGUUCUUACUGCCCUCGGCGCAAAUGUUACUGGUGUUGCGCGCUCGGACGGCGUGCGUGAUGGGUACCGCGUUGUCGGGGAGGAUUCCCUCCCCAAGGUUUUGGAGAGCACUGAUGCGCUUGUUAUGAUUUUGCCUGGUUCCGCUAGCACGAAUGGUGCGUUGAGUGCUGAGCGGUUGAAGUUGUUGCCUAAGCAUGCUUGGGUGGUUAAUGUCGGUCGGGGUACUUCUGUUGAUGAGGAUGCGCUUCUUCAGGCGCUGGAGAGUGGUAGUAUUGGUGGUGCUGCGUUGGAUGUCUUCUCGACUGAGCCUCUGCCGGCCGAGUCGAAGUUGUAUGCGGCGCCCAAUUUGAUUCUUUCGCCUCAUGCGGCUGGUGGUAGGCCUCGUGAGGCGGAGGCGCUGAUUGGAUAUAAUCUUAGACGGUUGCUUGCUGGACAGGAGUUGAAGAAUAUUAUCUAG